GCACUCCACAGGCACGCUACUCACGCUCAAUGCACUGUUUCCGAGCCUACUGGUACAACUUAGUCUAUAAACCACCUACCAGCGCACGAGAGGACAAGCCACGACACCCAUACAUUUGGGAACACUACAGCAAGGUUUAGGGGAAACACCCGAAGCCCAGCGGCUACUACUCUCUACAGACCCAGGCACCCCCAUCACGCAGGAAAAACUGAGCACAUCGCCUGCCAAAUACUCUUUCAGCCCAGUGCAGCUCAACCGCCUCUUCUAAGCUCCUCCACAUCCCCGUCGGCGACGGUCUCUCCGCCCCGAGGGACGACGCGCACUUUAAUCCGCCCCUACCACGGGCGGACGCUUUGCGGCAGCCCGGCCGCCUCUCUAGAAACUUCUCGGCCCCUCCCUCUCCCCCUCCCCUUCCUCCUCCUCACUGACCCCGGCUCGCGCUGCAGUGGAGGUAGGAGAGAAAGUGUGCGCGGUGCUUGUUCUCUCGCUGUUUGGAGCCGGAGGUGCAGCGAGGCAUCAGCCCAGCGCGGCGGCCGGUGCCGACUCCACUGGGCAGCCCUUUCCGAGCGCAGCAGUGGCAGCGACAGACGGAAUGACGGCGGAGGAGAUGAAAACGGACGGGGCUCCCUUGGAGGGGGUGGACAUCACCCCUAAGCGGGAUGAAGGCGUUUUGAAGGUUGUCAAGAGGGAAGGCACUGGUACUGAGUCUCCGAUGAUAGGUGAUAAAGUGACUGUCCAUUAUACAGGAUGGCUUCUUGAUGGCACAAAAUUUGACUCCAGUCUGGACAGGAGAGACAAGUUUUCGUUUGACCUGGGGAAAGGUGAGGUGAUCAAAGCAUGGGACAUUGCUGUUGCAACUAUGAAGGUUGGUGAAAUCUGUCAGAUUACGUGUAAACCAGAAUAUGCCUAUGGCUUGGCUGGCAGCCCACCAAAGAUACCUCCCAAUGCUACGCUGAUUUUUGAGAUAGAGCUGUUUGAGUUUAAGGGAGAAGACCUCACUGAGGAUGAAGAUGGUGGCAUCAUCCGAAGAAUCCGUAAGAAAGGCGAAGGCUACUCGAAGCCCAAUGAGGGUGCUCUGGUAGAAAUCCAGUUUGAAGGCCGAUACAAAGAUCGUGCUUUUGAUAGGCGUGAGCUGCGGUUUGAGAUUGGCGAAGGUGAUAACUAUGAUCUUCCUCAUGGUCUGGAAAAAGCAAUCCAGAAAAUGGAGAAAUCUGAGGAAUCCAUUUUCUAUCUCAAACCCAACUACGGUUUUGGAAGUACUGGGAAGGAGAAAUUUCAGAUCCCUCCGGAUGCAGAACUGCAAUAUGAAGUGAAACUCAAAGGCUUUGAGAAGGCUAAGGAGUCUUGGGAAAUGAAUACAGAAGAGAAAUUGGAACAAAGCUGCAUGGUGAAGGAGAGAGGCACUCAGUACUUCAAGGAAGGGAAAUACAAACGAGCAGCAUUACAGUACAAGAAGAUUGUAUCGUGGCUGGAGCAUGAAUCAGGACUCUCUGAUGAGGAAGAUACAAAAGCCAAGAGCUUGAGGCUUGCUGCUCACCUUAAUCUAGCUAUGUGCCAUCUCAAGUUGAAGGAGUACUCUCAGGCUUUGGAGAACUGCAACAAGGCACUUGAACUGGAUAGCAGCAAUGAAAAAGGCCUCUUCCGGCGUGGAGAAGCCCACUUGGCUGUCAAUGACUUUGAAUUGGCCCGAGGAGAUUUUCAGAAGGUGAUACAACUCUAUCCAAGUAACAAAGCUGCUAAAGUGCAACUAGUAACUUGUCAGCAAAAAAUACGGGAGCAGCAUGAGAAAGAGAAGAAGAUGUAUGCCAAUAUGUUCCAAAGGCUUGCAGACAAAGACUUAAAGCCAGCUACUACUCUUCAGACCAGCCACACUGAAGAUGCAGAAAUGAAAGAUGAGCAGAAUGGAGUUGAAGAUAAAUAAGUUGACACAGAAGCAUAAAGAAACCAGAUUCCAUUAGUUUUGUAAAUGAAAGAAUUUCCAGUGAAUUAGACCUUUAUUUUUCUACCUGGUUGGACAGUGGCUUCAGAGGAGCAGAGGCUGAGCCGCCAUGCCACAGUCAAGAACAGCUCUGUAUGUCUGUGAAAUAAGCUGAGUGGCAGCACAAAUCUGAUUUAAUCUAGGGACUUUAUUUAUUCAUACAGCUUCUGUUACUGUUUGGGUUCUGUCUGGAUUUACUCUGCUUGGUUUAUCUGCAUUUUGCCAUUAGUGUUUGUGUCUCUCUUGUUCCAGCUCACUUAAAUAUAGGAAACAAUCUGGGAUUAAUUUCCUUGAUUUCAUUUUUUUCUGUUUUUUUUUUUUUUUUUUUUUUUUAAGCAGUUGGCCUUUUUCAACAGUCCUCAUGUGAGAUUUGAGAACAAAUCAGUGCUCAAUGUUCUACUGCCUUGGCAUUGUCCCCUUUCCCUUCCUCCAUUAAGUGUUGUAACCUUUAUAUGCUUCCUUUUUGCGUAUUGCUGAAAGUGAAGACUGUGAAGUCACAGCUUAAGUAAUAAAGCUCCAAUUAAGCUCAA